AUGGGCUUUGUGUCAAUCAUAAUAUCGCUAUACGUAUCAAUUUCGUAUGUCGCCGCGAUACAUUUGUGGUCGGGAAGAAUUGGGGACUUCAAGAUCCGGCGCGAUGAUCCUAGAGUAAUCAAGUCGAGAGUGAAACGAGUCAUUGUGAUUACAGUAAUAAACCUAGUAACUGUGCCGUGCCUCAUAUCUAGUUUCGGAAUUGUAUCUUUUAAAGACGCUUUGCUGUCCAUGGGGUUGCUACCGGGCGGGUAUCUCAGCAAGGGCGGCGGAAUCACGAUGGAUAUGAGAGCUUUUUGCGGCGACACUUACCGCGCAUUGGAACUGGCGUUUAUUUUGUACUGUGGUCCGUUACUAGAUAAUAUUCUGUACUACUUGCUGACUCCUGGUGCACCUUUCAGCGCUGCCUGGUACGAUUUGAAAAGCGAGAUUGUUACCAUCUGGGGUUUUCGGAAUUACUUUUUUGGCCCUCUUAGUGAGGAACUGUUCUACACGGCGAUGCUUACGAAUGUUUUUAUUUUUACGAGUCCGAAGUCCGUCACUUUAAACACCGUGCUGUGGGUUCCCCCGCUUUUUUUUGGCCUUGCUCACGCUCACCAUGGCUGGGAGAUGCAUUCUCUUGGGAUGCACGCACCUGGGCAAAUCCUGGCUACCGUUCUAAUUCAGCUGUCAUACACGACAGUUUUUGGCGCAUUUACAAACUUUAUAUUUCUGAGAUCGGGACGAAACCUAUGGUGUUGUGUAAUUCUCCAUGCAUUUGCCAACUAUAUGGGCUUGCCUCAAGGUUCCGAACUUGCCACACAUUUUGAGAGUAGUGCUUCACCUGUUGCAUUCCGCUCACUUCUUGGUCAAAUCUGGAAAUACAGUUACGUUGCAUUUCUCGUCCUUGGCCUUGUUGGCUUCAAGAAUAAUCUGUACAACCUUACCGCGAGCAAGUAUUCCAUAGAACUAUAG